CCCCGAAUGGAUUCUGCUGCAGCAGACGACCCUGAAACCACCGCAGCCAGCCACUCUGCCGACGACGCAGACCCCGAUGCGGCGUUCAUGCACCACAGCGACCACCACGAUGACCACCACCACCACCAGGACCAGCUGCUGCUGCUGGACGUGCCCCCAGUCGAGCUCGACGCGCUGAGCUUUGACGGCGACGACAACGACGAGCCUGCCGCCGUGCAGCUGAUGAUUGGCGCCGUCGUCCCUCACAUGAGCGGGCCCGCGGCCACCACGCUGGGCGGCAGCUCGGACAGUCUCAACAGCAGCAACUUUGUCACGAGCAACGGUCUGCUGCAGGGCCACAGCGGCACGGCUGUUGAUGCUCCUUCCGAAGCUGAUGCUGAUGCUGAUGCUGCAAGUGCCAGUGCCAGUGCCAGUGCCAGUGCCGCCCGAGAGACCCAGCCGACCGCUGCGUGGGAGAACAAGGACGUAUCAGCGUCCAUCGCCGUGCCCGCGAGUGCGACCACGAGCUCGUCCAAGUCGUCGGACGCCACGUCGCUCAACAAUAGCGGCGCUCCUCAAGCCAAUGUGCUCGUGCCAGAGCCCGCUCCAGCUGCUUCGACGACCACCUUUGUUUCAAUCGCAUCAGAGCUGACUCCAAGUGGGGCCGACAGUCUUGAACAGACAGAUGCCGACGAGGCUCUGGCAGAUGGCAUUCGAAACCCGCCAAACUCGACUGCUCGUCCAUCGUCUCACGACGUGCGCACUGCUGCGAGCCAAGAGCCGACACCGCUUGCUGAUGGAUCUGCUCCUGCUCUGGCGCGAAGCCCAACACUGCUCGAUUGCGUCCACACCUCGCCCAAGCUGCUGCAAACCUUCCACUCGUACAGCAAGGAGGCUGCUGCCACGGGCCACUACGCGUCCAUGCUCAUUGGCGAGGGCAACCGUCUGCACAAGGCUGUCGAGCUCUCGUCCAAAGCCAUGCACAACGUCGCCCAGCAGCUCGGAGCUUUUCCCAAGCUGAGCGCGGAAUCCUUGAUCCACUCGCCUGCCCCGCCGGCGCGGCAGACCGCCAUCCCCUCGCCCCAAGCACCCUAUGACGUGCAGAUUGCUGGGUCGGGUGUGGCGACGGAGCGGGACCUCUCGUUUGAGUCGGCCAUGGCCAAAUUCAGCAACAUUAUGCACGAAAUCCACUCGUGGCAGGAGCUGCACCAAGGGCAGCUGUCGUCUGUCCUCAUGCAGCCGCUGCAGCGUCUCAUGCAGGACCAGCUCAAAAGCGUCAAGGUGGCCAGCGCCAAGCUCGAGGAAGCGGCAGCCGAGCACGAGUCUGCCUGCCAGCGGUAUGCGCGCAUGUCCAAGCGCAAGGAGACCGAGAAGGCCAGGUUUGAGGCCAACGCCGAGUUGUAUGCCGCGCGGAAAAAGUUUCACGUUGCGUCGCUCGAGUACUACGUGGCCAUGCGGCGCUUCCAACACGAGCGCAAGGCUGCGCUGCUCGAGCCCAUGCUCGCGUUCAUGCACGCCCAAGCCUCCUACUUUCAGAUGGGAGCCAACUACUUUCAGAAUCAAGUUCGACCAUUCUUGCAAACACUCAACACCGAGCUGGCCGAGUCGCGCGAGUUUGCGACCAAAGAUUUGCAACGUCUUCCAGGACUUGUGGAGCACAUUGAGCAAGAGUACGCGGCCAAGUACAAUCCCGACGCUGACCCCGAUGAUCCCUUUGCUGAUUAUCUUCCCGCCAACCUGUCGCUUAUCACCAAGACGGGCUAUCUGAUGCUCCGCACAAACAAGAUUGGCAAAAACGGGCGCCGUUGGGACCGCGUCUGGUUUGAUGUUGUGGACCACCAGUUGGUCUUUAGCGAUGACAACAACGUUGUCCAUGUUGCCACGCAUCUCCACAACGCAACAGCGACCGUCCACGAUUUGGAUGAUCGACGAUUUGCAUUCUCAGUCACGUCCCCGGCGAUCGCCAAGCAUCCCUUGGUGCUGCAGGCCGAGAACGAGCGCGAUCGUGACGAGUGGAUGGCCGUCAUCAAGAAUGUCGCCGAAGCUGCCGAGUUUGACACGCUGGCCGAGAAGGUCCCCACAGGCGACUUGAUAGCGGUGGAUGGCGAUGAAGUGGAAGACUCUCCAUCCGUUUCCAGGCAACCAUCUUCGGUCGACUUGCUCGAAGGCGUGAACGACACCGAAGCCACUACAGGCAGCUCGGCAGCUACACCGUCACCUGCACCCUCGAAACCGCGCACCAACUGGCUGCUGUCGCGAUUGGAGAGCAGCCCUUCCAUUUUUACGAGCAAACCGGCCUCGGCGACUGCACCCUCGACCGCUACCUCCUCCCCAUCUGCACCUUCGACCCCCAUGUUUUUCGCGUCCGACUCUGCGCCAGACCUUACGGCAGCCGAGAUUUCGCCUGCCAAGCAAGCCCCACCACCACAAGAGCCGCAGCCUCCACAGCCUCCCGCAUCGCCGUUGGCCACCGCGCUCGCCGUCCUCGAGGCGCUGCCCAGCCCGGCUCCUGCCCAUAUCCCCGUGCUGGACGAAAGCGGCGAAAUGCAAUUCGUGAUUGAGAAGCGCACCUUUGACGUCAUUUACUGGGGUUGUGCGGACAUUGUUCCACCCGAGGCCCCAGCCACUGUCGAGGGCCCAAGAUCGCACCUCGACGCCGUCAAGCUGUUGGUGCCUCGAGCUAUCACUUCGCUCUUCUCCAAGAUCAAGAGCAGACGCGCAACAGUCGUGAUUGGCGCACGCCAAUUUGAAGUGUUUGAGCAGGGAACCCUGAUUCUCUCUGCCGAUUUGCACAAGGUCUCACUGGUCGGCGUCGACCCUGGGUACAAGAAGCAGUUCUUUGUGAAUGUGCUCCAAAGCGCCCCGCUCCACUACAUGACCCUGGUCUUUGAGCCCGACAACCUCACGAUUCUCAACACCAUGAUGCAAAUCUUCACGUCCUACUUUGCCAUUGCGUAUCGCCUCCGCACGCAGCCCGGCGGGCAUUCCACGGGCGGGCGCGGUCGUGCAUCCCAAUCGGGUCUUGUUCCUGACAUGUCAUCCGGACGACCGGCAUCGAGUUCGCAGCAGCCGCCUUCGACUUUGCGAGCCGGGGCUCCACAGCCUGCCAUCGGCCAGAGGAGUGGCACAUCUGGUGCGUUCACUCCCGUCCGGCCGGCUGCCAGCGCAUCUAGCUCCGAGCUGCCAACCCCUGCCGUUGCGGGCGAUGGUUUGGCUUCGGCUCCAGCUCCUUGAUAUUUUGUUUGAUGAUGGAUACCUUUUUCCUUUCCCCCUUUGAGUGUGUGCACUCGUUUGUUUGAUGAUGGUUGAGUGUGUGCGCUCGAGCAAUGUCGAUACAUUUUCAUGUCGAA